UACACCCUAAGUCUUGUUAUUCAAUCCGGGCUGUGAAGAUGGGUGUGUGUGUGUCUCUGCCAGAACCAGUGAUGGCCGACCAGCUGCCUCCACAGCAGGGGGACACGCUGAUAAAUAAAUUCCAACAAGGGAACCUCCCCAAUGGGAAAGAAGUCAGCAAAGAUGGCCUACACGCAAGGGGCCAGUGGGCUAGCAAGGCUGAGUUCCUCCUGGCCGUAGCGGGGCAGAUCAUCGGUCUGGGCAACGUCUGGAGAUUCCCUUACCUCUGCUACAAGAAUGGAGGAGGUGUGUUCUUUGUGCCUUACCUCUUGUUCCUGGUGCUGUGCGGCAUCCCCCUUUUCCUCCUGGAGACCUCGCUGGGGCAGUACACAAGCCUGGGAGGGGUCAGCGCCUGGAGGUCUAUCUGCCCUUUAUUUGGAGGUCUUGGUUAUGCCAGCCAGGUGAUGAUCCUUCAUGGCUGCGUGUACUACAUCAUCAUCCUGGCUUGGGCUGUCUUUUACCUGUCCAACAGCUUCCAGGCGGAGCUGCCCUGGUCGCAUUGUAACAACACAUGGAACACCAAUGCAUGUUUCGUGUUUGCCCAACACAACCAGACAGGCAAUGUGAGUAGCAUGCCCGAGAACGCCACUUCCCCCGUCAUGGAGUUUUGGGAGCGAGAGGUGCUGCGCCUGUCCAGCAGUUUAGACAAGCUGGGUCCAAUCAACUGGAAGCUGGCUCUGUGUCUGGCCAUUGUCUGGCUCGUCUGUUACUUCUGUGUUUGGAAGGGAGUCAAGUCCACCGGAAAGGUGGUGUACUUGACAGCUACCUUUCCAUAUGUCAUGCUGUUUGUGCUGCUGGUGCGUGGUGCCACUCUGCCUGGAGCGACCAAGGGCAUCAUCUACUACCUCAAACCCAACCACACCCGCCUGGCAGACCCACAGGUAUGGAUGGAUGCAGGGACCCAAAUAUUUUUCUCAUAUGGGAUCUGUUUGGGGAGUCUAACAGCCCUUGGCAGUUACAACAAAUUCAACAAUAACUGCUAUAAGGACUCUUUUCUUCUGUGCCUCCUGAACAGCAGCACCAGUUUCCUGGCAGGUUUUGCCAUCUUCUCUGUGCUGGGCUUCAUGGCUGAGGAGCAAGGCGUGGACAUAUCUACUGUGGCUCAGUCAGGGCCUGGCCUCGCCUUCAUCGUCUACCCAAAAGCUAUAGCCAUGAUGCCUCUACCCCAACUCUGGGCUGUCUGCUUCUUCCUCAUGAUCAUCAUGCUGGGGCUGGACACACAGUUUGUGAGUCUGGAGGCCCUGAUGACGUCGGUGAGUGACCUGUAUCCUCACCUGAUCAGACGAGGCCAUCGCAGAGAGCUGCUUCUGCUGUUCGUCUGCGUCAUCUGCUUCCUGAUUGGACUGGUCAUGGUCACACCGGGUGGUCUGUAUGUGUUCCAGAUAUAUGAUCACUUUUCCUGCAGUGGAGCCAGCCUGCUGCUCCUCUCCAUCUUCCAGUCUGUGGCCAUCGGCUGGGUCUACGGAGCCGAGCGCUUCAGUGACAACAUCAGGGAUAUGACCGGCUACAGCCCCCUGCCCGUCUUCAAUCUGUGCUGGAAAUACUUGACCCCAACUGUGUGCACUGGUACCUUUUUAUUUUCCCUGGUGUGUUGGUCUCCGUUAAAACUAGGGAAAGGCUUGGUCGCUCCAGGCUGGGCGACCGGGCUGGGCUGGCUCCUCACCUUCUCCUCCGUCUCUCUGCUCCCCAUCUGGGCCAUCUAUGCCCUGGCCACCACCCCGGGAACCCUGUCACAGCGCUUCAAACGCCUGUGCAGCCCUGCCAUAAACUCAUCGCAGGCCCACCACUACAUCCCCACCAACAACUACAUCCCUGCGCUGCCCCUCACCGAGAAGCCAAAGGAACCACUCAGCAACAUGAUCCCGGAUUGUCGGACUUAA